AUGUCGUCCAAAUCAUCACCCACAAUCGAACACCCAUCCCUGGGUCAAAUUAAGGGAGUCCUUCUGGAAAAUAACACCAUAGAGCAAUUCCGAGGAAUUCCUUUUGGCGUUGUUCCCGCGAGAUGGGCUGAUCCCGUUCUUCGGAGUGGAAGACUCAGCCAGGAUACUUUCGACGCGACUCGUUUCGGGCCAUCCUGCCCCCAGGGUGCUGGAGGACAAAAGUUCGAUGCUUCGUUAGUAGGCAACAUGCAGCUCCAGGCGGAAACUGUGAUGCAAAGUGAGGCAGAUUGCCUCAACCUGGUCAUCACCCGCCCGACAGGGCUUGCCGUGGGUACUAAAGUCCCGGUGUUGGUCUGGGUCCAUGGAGGCGCUUUUUGUGUGGGAUGUAAUGCGUGGCCUCAAUACGAUCUCGCCAAAAUUGUACAGUGUUCUUCGAAUCAGGGCAGGCCAAUCAUUUGCGUCUCGAUCAAUUAUCGACUCGGUAUAUUUGGCUUCUUGGCCUCCGGAAAAGCAGGUAUCAGCGGGAAUUUCGGCUUGAAAGACCAGAUCUGUGCUUUCCAGUGGAUCAAACAGCACAUUGAGGGAUUUGGAGGAUGCCCUGAUUCUGUCACUGCCUUUGGAGAGUCGGCUGGCGCAAUUAGUCUUUCUACACUCCUCGCAACAACUGAGCCGCUCUUUUCUCGGGUCAUUUUGAUGUCGGGUGAUGUAUCGUUACGGAGACCGCGUACAGUCACAUGGCAAGACGCCUUGCUCUGUGAAAAUCUCAAGCACCUGAGCCUGGGAGGUCUCGAUCUAUCGGAGGCUAUCGAGAAGCUGCGUGCAAUUCCAGCUGCAGAGCUUGUUCAAACCAUUCCUCUUAUCCAACACUGGAGCCCGACUUUGGAUGAUGGGUUCCUCGCCGGUCUCCGAGAAGAGGACUUUUAUAUCGAGAAUUCCUGGUGCAAACACGUUAUGAUGGGUGAUAUGGCCCAUGAUGGUACAAUUCUCCGUUCACAAUAUCUGGAUGAUCCGCAGGCCUACAAAAAGACGAUGAUUGCCUGUGAAGAUCUCUUAGGAGCGAGCAAAUCUCGCAAAAUUCAAAACGCAUAUGACCUUGGUGCCGAUGAACCGUAUUCGGGCAUGUUGAAGUUCGCCUCCGAGCUUCGGUUCUAUCUACCCGUGAUAGCAGCAGCCAAGGGGCUCAGAUUUUCCAAAAACGUUCAGGUGCAAGAGUAUCAUAUGGAUCAGACCAACCCUUUCGAAGGCGCCUUCCAUGGAUUUGCAUCACAUGUCCUAGAUCUGGGAUACUUGCUUCGUAACUUCGAUCCAUGGCUUAAUGAAGCUGGUCUCAAUUUCGGCAAGAGAAUGCUUGAAAAAUGGGUAGGUUUCGCAUAUGCAGAGGACCAAGGAAAGAGCAAAGCCCUUGCACUUGGGCCGAACCACGAGAUAAACUACAGUAGCCCUGAAGAGUAUGACCUGCGCCUUCGUCAAGGAAGGGCCAAAAUGCUUCUUGAGAUUGGCCUAGCUAAGUCCGUUGCUUUGGGAGAGCGGCUCCAAGGUGUUCCAAACCCUAGUUUAUGA